CACCGUGGACUUCCCCGACAGAGAUGUGACCUGGACGCUCGCGCCAUGACCGCCACCUGGACGCUGCUGGCGGUUCUGGCUGCGCUGCGCGGUUCCGAGUCCAGGUGCUCGUCCACGUCCUACUACAAGAGCUGCUGGAUCCGCAGAUUCCCGGGCGUCUUCAUCGACACGGAGGAGUCUGUGCGCAGAGGAGCGCAGCUGCUGAAGGUGUAUCUGGAGGAGACGGCGCUGCAGUGCAGCCGCACCUGCUGCCUGACCCGCAACUUUUCCUGUAACCUGGCCAUCUUCCACUACGACACCAGCCAGCACAACUGCUUCCACCUGCACUGUCCGACGCUGGAGAGCUGCAUCCUCAGCCAGAGGGGCAACGUGGUGCUCUACAACGUCACCAAAGGUGUGGAUCCGGACCUGCUGGUGUUCGGGAAGUACUUCACCUCCAACGUCCGAGUGCUGCCGCACCUCUUCACCCGGGUCAACGCCUCGGAGCAGCUGCCGCCUGACAAGCGUCAGUUCCUGUACCCGCCACAGGGAGGCACCUUUGCUCUGACCCAUGCGCCCACCCGCAGGUCCUGGACCACCGUGAGGAGGUCAGUGAGCACCGUCACGCCACGGUCACCCUCUCCUCCUCCAGGAGACCUGUGGAUCCCUCCGUCCUCCACUGUUGCUUCAGAAGUCCAGUCCUCCUCAGCGACCCAAACCUCUCCUGCGACGCCGUCUCCCACCACUGCUCCUGCGUCCACCUCUGCCCACCUGCUGACCAACCACACCGUGGGAGGUCUGAGUGGAGUCCGCCCGGAGGCCGGCAGCCACGGCCCGGGGAUGACCUCGGGGUGGGAUGCCACCACACGCACCCUGCUGGUCACUGUCAUCCUCACCAUGGGAGUCACCCUGAGCUGCUGCUGCUCCUUCCUGCUAGUGGUCAGGUGGAGGGGGCAGAGGAGGAGGGCCGGCCGCUAUCGGACCUCCCGCCGAGGCGAGCCAGGAUCCAUGCGUCUGAUCAAGUAUGUUCUGGUGCGCGAGAACCCGUGAGGAACCGAGGCAAAACUCCCGCGAGCAAGGCGUGAACAGGUGCAAACCCCAGCAGCUCCGCUUCCGCUUUUAUUUUUCUAUCAAAGACGA